AUGACGCGUUUAAUGAAAAUCCUUUUCCUCACGUUUGGUGUUUAUCUGACAGCAGCAGAUAAACACAUCAUGGAGAUUUUUUACACUGCGGUCACAGACGGAAUAAAUUUCCCAGAAUUCAAUGCUCUCAGUCAGCUAAAUGGAGAGCAGUUUGAGUACUACGACAGCAACACCAGAAGAAAGAUUCCAAAGACGGAGUGGAUGAAUAAGAUUGAUGCAGAUGUCCCAGAUUACUGGGACAGGUACACACAGGUACUGCAGGCUACUCAGCAGACCAUCAAAGUUAAUGUGGCUACACUGAUGGAGCGCUUUAACCAUACUAAAGGAGUUCACACAGUGCAGCUGAUGUACGGCUGUGAGUUGGAUGAUGACGGCACCACUAGAGGAUACUACCAGGACGGUUAUGAUGGAGAAGAUUUCCUCAGUCUGGAUCUGGAGACUCUGACCUGGAUCGCUACAACACCUCAGGCUCUGAUCACCAAGAACAAGUGGGAGUCUGAUACUGAGUAUAAUAAUCACCUGAAGAAUUACCUGGAGAAAGAGUGUAUCGACUGGUUAAAGAGAUACCUGUCAUACAGGAACAAGAAUCUGCAGGGGAAAGUUGUUCCUGAGGUGUCAGUGUUCCAGAAACACUCGUCUCCUUCUCCAGAGGUGGUGUGUCAGGCUACAGGGUUCCUACCCAAAGCAGUGAUGAUCACCUGGCAGAAGGACGGAGAGGACGUGCAUGAGGACGUGGAGCUCAGAGAGACGUUACAUAACCAGGAUGGAAGCUUCCAGAAGAGAAGCAUUCUGAAAGUCCCAGCUGAGGAGCUGCAGAAACACAACUACACCUGCGUGGUUCAGCACAGCAGCUUGGGGGAUGAGAGAAUAGUGAAAGAAGUACCAAAAGGUGGAGGAUCGAUUGCUAUCAUCAUUGCUGUAGUCGCGGCUCUCGUCGCUCUCGUCGCCGUUGUUGCUGGAAUUGUGGUCUGGAAGAAGAAGAACUCUGGCUUCAAACCUGUUCCACCCAAACCCUCCUCUGAAGGAGAUUCUUCCUCCAACAACUCUUAAAGUCUGACUGUGUGUCUUCCUGCUGAACUGAGAGAGUAAGACAUGAUGGAGUUUACAGUCUAAUAUGGAAUUUAAGUCUGUGCAUGGAGUACAAUUUAAACUUAAAGCCUGUGAUAACAUUAAAACUCCUGAAGUGUUUUUUUUCCUUGUCCCUUCUCCCCUAGGAAUUGCCACAUUGGAUCAUUUGAUCUGCUCAGUUAGAUAACGUUUGUAACAAGGCCUUGGACUGGCACUACAUGCAGUGAUUGGGUUGUAUCUCUAAGGAGCGUUAAUGGCCAUUCCAUGUCUUUAAUUUUGGUAAAUUUCUGGCUUGUAUUGUUUAUAAUGUAAUAAAUACUGUACGUUUAUAAUGUUUAGAAUUUUUCUUAGCGAUUUUUUUAAAACAAUUUUUUAACAAAUAAGCAGUCCAGUUUAUUCCUGUAACAGCUCUGAAUACCAUGUUUAUACCUUUGCUUGUUCAGGAUGACUAAAUGACUUUUACAAGAAAAGUGGAGAAGCAAUGUUUUAUCUGUAAUCAGACUUGUUAUUUUAAAGCAUUCCUAUAAGCAUUUGCGAGAUUCUCACACACCACAUGAACAUGAGACCUGUUUUGUCUAGUGAUCUGGAUUUGUUCCCUAAUGGCAUGCUUCUGGCGUCCAUGUUGUUUACAAGAUAGUGGUUCAUUCACCAUCUAAGGCAAAGAAGAGAUUUUUUGUUUCUACAUUUUGCACAUGAGGGCAGUUUUCGCAAAUCUCACGUAAUACUGCAUUGGCCCUUGAUAAGUUUUCAAUGAUGACUAUGAUGCAAUAAUCUGUAAAAUAAAAAUGUAUAUGGAAUAAUUUCACAAUGUCUGUAAAAGCCUCUAAAGCAGUACAACAGGCAUGUGGGAAAUGCUAUAAUUAUGACUCGUUCAUUUGUGUGCUGCAGUUGUUCAGUGACUUUCAUUUUACUUCCAGAAUGUUUCAAUGGCAAAAAGUCAUGUGACUAACAAUAAAUAACUUCCUGAGUGAUA